AGGGAGGUAAUAGUAGCAGGGUGCUCCCCCUUUCCUCACUACAGUGAUCUGUCUUUAUGUAUUUUUAAUGGCAUUAUUUCUCUAGGGAUACGCCCCACCCAAGGCCACUUCUGUAGCUGUAUUCAUUUAAAAAGGUUGUGAAAAUACUCCUCUUCUGUAAUGUACUUAAUUGAUGUUUAUGCUGUGCAUGUUACAGGGAAGCUAAGAUCUUAUGCAGUUUUCCAGCUGGAGGGCUAAUGAUUAUACGAAGAGUGGUGUUGAACUCACGCCCUGGCAUAAAUGGAGUGCCAGCUGCAGACAACUUCCGUAUGGAGGAGGUCACCCUACCAGAUACAAUUGCCGAGGGUCAAGUCAAAGUUCGUACCCUGUAUCUGUCUGUGGACCCCUAUAUGCGGUGCCGUAUGAAUGAAGACUCUGGUUCUGAUUACAUCCUGCCUUGGAAGGUGUCUGAAGUCACUGAUGGUGGAGGAAUUGGUGUUGUGGAAGAAAGCAGAGAUCCACAUCUUGUUGUUGGAGACUUUGUAUCUUGCUUCAGCUGGCCCUGGCAGACAAAGGCCAUUCUAAAUGGAAAGCAACUUGAGAAGAUUGAUCCACAGCUUGUUGGUGGACAGCUUUCCUAUUUUUUGGGUGCUGCUGGCUUGACUGGGUUAACAGCUUUGCUAGGAAUAAGAGAGAAAGGACAUGUGUCUUCAGGUGCUAAUCAAACCAUGGUUGUCAGUGGAGCUGCUGGGGCCUGUGGUUCAUUGGCUGGGCAGAUAGGUGUCCUCGAGGGCUGUUCCAGGGUGGUUGGCAUCUGUGGCACAGAUGAAAAAUGCUCCAUUUUGGUCUCAGAAAUGGGAUUUGAUGGAGCUAUCAAUUAUAAGAAAGAGAAUGUGGCACAACGGCUACGUGAGCUUUGCCCAGCUGGAGUGGAUAUAUACUUUGACAAUGUUGGUGGAGACAUCAGUGAUGCAGUGAUAAGUCAUAUGAAGCCAAAUAGCCAUAUUAUCUUAUGUGGCCAGAUCUCCCAGUACAACAAGGAUGUGCCUUAUCCUCCCCCUCUACCUCCUGCCAUGGAAGAAAUAAGGAAGAAGCAGAAUAUAACCAGGGAAAGAUUUCUCGUUUUGAACUACAUGGAGAAAUUUCAAGCUAGUACUAUGCAGCUCUGCCAGUGGAUCAAAGAGGGAAAACUGAAGGUCAGAGAGACUGAAGUGAAAGGCUUGGAAAACAUUGGAGCUGCUUUCCAGUCUAUGAUGAGUGGGGGCAACAUUGGAAAACAGAUAGUGUUCAUUUCAGAGUAGAAUAAAUCUCUGUACUGUUUCCAAGAUGUCCACGAUGAAGACAAAGCAUCUUCUGUUUGCACGAACUAGGCACAGGGUUCUCCUUGGUAUAGGUAUCAAUGUUAAUAUGUUUAACUAGUGUUAAACAGAAUUCUGUACUUUGCAAUUGUGUGCAGAGCUUGUAGAAGAUUCACUUAUAUUUUCAAAACUGAAAGAAUAUAAACUUAGAUUGCUAAUAUCCUUCAUAAGGCCUGGAAUUUACACAUAGUAACUCUAACCAGGUUUCUCCUUUAAGUAUAUCCUGUGUAUUUCUUCCUGCAUAUGUUGCCUUAAUGCAGUAAAUGAUUCUGUAAAGCUUAUUUUCAACUGGAGCACAAUCUUGAAUGCUGCACCUUUAGUCUCUAGUGACUGAACACUACUUUUUAAAACAAAAUUGUCACUGUGCCACACUGUUGUAGUGUACCUUAGAAAUGGGGGCAACAAAGUAGUGACUUUUCUGAAUCAUAAUACAGCUAUUAAACCUAUUUUAAAAAUA